CUUCAUGACGUACCACUCCGCGAACAGUUUAAUCUCUUUAUCUAUGGAAAAUUCCGAAAUUCCAAUACACCUCCCUUCCCACCGAUCAACCCGAUUUUCCUUCACAUAAUAAUAAUAAAUAAUAAAUAAAUAAAUAAAAUUAAAGUGUUCCGUGUGCCAAACCGUGGUGGUUUUCCGCGACAUCAGCAUUCGUCUUGACGCGUGCGCAACGGUCGUUCGAUCGUGCUGUAUUCCGCUCGUGUGUACUGUGCACAUAGGUCUAUUUUAUUUUUUCCCUAUAAAUGUCGUCUUACGUCCGUUUAUAAUGCUUGGAACAACCUCACACAGCAUCGCCAGCCACCAAACGCUGGCCGCUGUCAAUAUCAGUAUCAGAAAACGCCAAUGGAACUUGAUACCAUCCUGAUCUAUUAGGUGGACUCGUUCAUCAGGUCCUCCGAAAAACAACUAAGUGCUUCCCAAGACGUUUUUUUUUUUUGUUAAAAUUUCAUAUUAAAUUUGUAAAAUCGUAUAUUUCUUCUGUUUUUUAUUUUUUUUUUUAUCUUAGUUAUAUUUUAUUUUUAUAAUAAUAUGUAGGUCGAUUAAAUUAUAAUAUUAAAUUAUAUCAACGAGGUUGUGAAAUGUCCUUAAAGUGAUAUGUCAGUACGUUUAUCUAGCGGGUGUUUACCCGCAAAUGGCGAGAAACCACCUCUGCCCUCUUCAGAUACACCCGAUUCCAAUGGCCAACAAAAUAACUUACAAGAACAACAUCAACAACAACAAACUAGGAGUAAUAGUAUGGAUUAUUUGAAUUUUGAAGAAAAAAGACAAAUAAUUGCAUCUUCUUUGUCACUAACGGAUUUCUUGCACACAAGUGGUACAGCUACUACACCUACAUCACCUACUACCGGCAAGUUUAUUAUUGGUGAGCUUAUUUAGAAAUUUAAAAUAGGUAUUUUUUUUUUAAAAACAUACCCUUGUGAUUUAAGUAAUCAUAAAUAAACUAAAAGUGGGUCUACUUGUAAUAAAACCAGAAAUAAAACUAAAUCUAAUUCAAAAGUUAAUUUGAUGAUUCAUACAUAAUAUUAAUUCUCAAUUUUAUAUUGGUAAAAUGUUUAAAAAUGUUAAAGUUAGUAGGUUUUUUAUGUUGUUUCAGUAAUACUUUUUUAAUUAAGUUUGAUUAGGUUCUUUUGUAUCUAAUAUUAUUAAUAGAUAAUCUAGAGCCUACUUACCUAAUUUACAUCUAAUCCACUGUUUAAAAAUAGAAAGUUAUUCAUAAGUAUAAUUUGAGGUAUAAUUAUUAUUAGUCAAAUUAUUAUGAGUCUUAAUGUAUAAAUUAAAAAUAACAAAAAUUGUUUAUACAGUAAAAAUCAGAAUAAAAAGUUUAAAUAGUAUUUACUAUAAUUACUUACCUACGUAGGUAAUAUACUAAUACUUUAAUUUUAAUAAAAAUUAUUAUUACUAUUAUUAUUAUUAUUAUUUUUUGAAAAGAUAAACAUUAAUUAGAUUUUUAUACUGUGUGUGCUUCAUAUUUUCAUAAGAUUGUAAAUAAAUUAAGUACUAUUUACCUUUUAAGGUUUAUUAUUGGUCCACACAUUUUUAAGCUAACAAAUAUUUUAAUUAUUGGUACCAACUUUUUUUGAUUGUAUUUUAUAACCUGUUUAUAAGUUUCAUUUAAUGUUUAAUAACUCAUGGUUAAUAAAUUGACAUCAAUUUAUUUAUAUGAACUUAAAAUGAGAAUUUAUCUCAAUUCCACCCACUUCAAUUUUAAAUCAUUUUUAACCUCGUUUUUAACUAUUUAUAAAUUUAACAUAUUUAGUAUUUUGAUUUUAUUUUUCUUAAAUAAAUUUUAAUUCCCUAUCUACUAUCUAACCAUCAAAUAUGAUUAAUUUUAAACUAUUAUUUUUUGAAUGCACUUCAUUUGUGCCUUGUAGUCAUUAUGUUGCAAUAAUACUUAUUAACUAUUUAGAAUGACUCAUUCUUCAAUCACUUAUGUUGUUGUUGUAUAUUUAGGUAUUAAUACUACCUACCUAUAAAAUGCAUUUUUUUACAAUUUUCAGUAGGUGGAAUUAUAUGAAAAAAUUUAUACUGAUGGCGGGUGUGCCGUAGUUUUAAUAGGGAAGUUGAAAGGGAGGAUAUAUAAAAUAAUUUAAUUUAUAUUUGUAUGCAACGAUAAACCAUUGCUAACAAAAGACGAUUCUGAGAAAAGAUAAAAUUAAUAAUAAUUAUGGUUUUUUCUUGUUACCAAAGUAACCCAAAAAGCAACAAAAAUUAUACAAAAAAUUGUUAGUUUUCAUAUUUAUUAAGAAAAUUAUGGAAAAUCAAAAAAAUGACUUCCCUAUUGCAUCAACUAACUGCUAAAAGAAAGUUUCUAUUAAGUUAUUGAUUGUGAGCAAGAUUUUUUUUAUAAGAAAUCUUGUUGUUUACAGACACAAAAAAAGUAAAAUCAAUAUAUUCCUCGCUUCACACCAAAUCAAAAAUUUCACUACUGUAAGCUAUUAAAUUUUAAUCAUUUUAAUUUUAAAAUCAUUAUAAAUCAUAGAUAAAAUAUUAUUUGUUACUUAUUUUAUAUUUUUAAUAAAACAUUAAAUAUUACAAAAAUUAUAUUAAAAUAAUGUAGGUAUUAGGUACCUACUCUCAAUUUGUUAUAAUACUUAUUCAGUGUUGUACCCAAAUACUUAUUUUUAUUUUAUAAUUUAUUAUUUAUGAUGAUUAUAUUAUUAUGUUCAUGACAUAUAUAUAUAUAUAUAUAUAUAUAUAUAUAUAUAGUCUGAAUAGGUUGGUAUGAUAUAGUUCCAUGUUAUACAUUCUCCAAAUAUCUUUAGAUAUUUUUAUUAUACUGUUGUAACGGUAAAUUAUUGUAGAAAAAAAUAAUUUGGCCAUUCUAUUGUUAUGUUUUGUGAUCUUAUAAGGCAUUACAUUUUAAAAUAAGCCAUAGGUAUUUUCUAUUAUAAUUUAUAAUACCUACUUAUAUGUCCUGUACAUCAUCAUUAAAGUUUUAGAUAGAAUCCUAUAACAGGUAAAUGAUACUCAAGGUUAAGUUAAAAAAUUUAAUUUAAUAUAUUAAUAAAUUGAGUUUUUACAUUUUUAUUUUUAAUGGUAAACAUUUAAAAAACUUAAGAGACUUAUAAUUUGCAUUUUCUGUGUUUCUAAAGAUUAAUUUACCAUGUGUUUAUAUAAAACAAAUAAAAAUACUUUUAAAAUUGGCUUAAGACAUUAUUAUGUCUUAAUUAUGUCUAUAUUUAUUUUAUAAUUUGUAGAUGAAAAUGUUUUGAAGACGACAUCAUCAGCACUUUACAAUUGUCUUUGUAUUAAAUAAAGUUAAAUUCAAGAACAUUGUAUAUAUUGUUUAUAGUUUUUGAUUUUGAUUAUCAUUAUAUUAUUUAAUAUUAAUUUAUUACUGCUUUUAAUAAUAUACAAUUUAUAGUUUUUCCUCUGUUUAUAAUAAAUAAAUAUAAUAAACAAGGUAAUUUUUAAACAUAAACCAUUUUUAUAGCUAAAUUAUGCAUGUAUUUAAAUUCUGAUUUUUGAUAUUUUCAACUGUAGUUAUUUAUGAUACAUUCAUAUAAUUCUUAGAUUUUUCACAACAUUUAAAGAGUAUCUUGUGGUGAUAUUAACUGUAGUUUUUGUUUUAGUAAAGUCAAAAUACCUCCAAUGUGUGGCCUAUUUCCUUCAAACUUCUUCAAAUAUCAUAUUAAUAAACUUCUCACUUACAAUUAUUGUAAAUUUUGUUUAUAGAUUGUGUAAUAAAUAUAUAAAUAUAUAUAUAAAAAAAAAUAAUCAAAAUUUGAACAAAAAGUUUCUGAGUUAAUAAAAAUCUAAUAAAUACAUUGUAAUUGGGUAUAAGUUUGGUAAUUAUAAUUAGCUACAUAUGUACUAUUUAGUUAAGUCUACUCAGACAUUAUUUUAUUAUUUCAAAAUACUUAUGGAUUAAUAUUACCAUAUUUACUUAAAAAUUCCAAAAUUAGAGUGUGAAUUUAUGCAUAAUUUAACCUAAAAAAUGGGAUGGGUGGGCUUAAAAAAUCUUGUAUACAUUAUACUUUAGUGAAGUUAGGUUAGGUUUAACAUUUUAAAUUAAAUUAAUACAUAUUGUUAAUUAAAAAAGUUUUAAAUAUUUGUUAAUAUUACAAAAAUAUAUCAUAUAUUGGUUGAUCAAGUUAAUAUAAUAAUUCAGCAUUAUAUUGGUCUUAAGGUAAUUAAGUGAGUGAACAUUCAACAUUGCUGUGUAUAGAGCUAUGUAUAAUAAUUUACUUUUAAAAAUAUUAUUAUUUUCAUAAGUAUAUUAUUACAUAAAUAUAAGUUUAGUAGUUAUAGAAUGGAUUAGAAUUAUUUCUAAAUUAAUUUGUAUAUUUUAAUCAUAAAGUUUGUAAGUACUAAUAUUUCUGAUUAAAGUUCAUGGUAAAUCAAUAAUUAUUUUGUAAUUUUUAGCUAAGAAGCAAAAUGGUACAGCACUUCGAACGAAUAGUUUAGGGUCAGGGACACGUACUAGUCCAUUACAAUUAGAUCGAAAACAACCAAGCAAGUUUUCUGCGUUAGGUAAACUGUUCAAACCAUGGAAAUGGAAACGAAAAAAGAAAUCGGACAAAUUUGAAACAACAUCUAGAAGUAACUUUCAGUCUUUAAAUGUAUGUUAAUUUAACAUAAUAUUUUAUUUUGAACUUCAUAGAUUUGGAAAGGAAGAUCUCAGUACGAGCAAAUCGAGAUGAAUUAAUCCAAAAAGGAAUCCUGUUUUUAGAUAGUCCAAUGGCUCAAACACAUACGAUCUCUGAAAUUGGUACGAAUAUAAAAUAUUAUUAUAAAGUAUUUUACUAUUUAAGUAGUUUUUUUAACUAGUAUUUUACAUAUUACUAUAAAGUAGAACCUUUAUGAAUUACAAUAAUUUAUAUAAAUUAACUUAUUUUUUUUAAUUUGUUUAUUAGAUAAUUCACCCCAACUAAAUCAAACGUCAAGUGCAACAACUACUUGUGUUACUGUCACUCCUACUAUUGGUACGUCUAUGCUUUUUCAACAACAACAAAGCAGAUAUUCUAAUCAAUAUAUGAAUGGUAAGUACAAAUUGUUAAAUACAUCAAUUAAUAAUACAUAAUAUAUUAUUAGAAAGCAAAAAAAAAUGAGAAAACAAAUAUAUUUUGUAUAAUCUGAAAGAUUGUGUUUCUUAAUUCAAGUGGUAGACUGAAUAAUUGUAUACUUCUAGAAAAAUAUUUCAAUUACAUAAUUUAUACUGUUUAUGUUAUAUUGUUUUAACUUUAUAUUUUAGUUAAAUAAUAAUAAUUUUGUAAAAAUGUUAUUUUGUUCUACUCCAUGAUACUGAUAAAAGCUGCAAUUUUAAGUUUGACCCUGUGUUAUAAUUUUCAUAAAUAUCUGUAAAUAAUUUUACAUUACUUUAGCUACAAAAAUAUCUCAUAAAUAUGACUAAAAUUAAAACCUGCAAUUAGAGAAUGAAUUGGAUUUUGUUUAUUACUACUUUAUUUUAUUUACUAAGUAUCAUAUUUUUAAUUCUAUUGAUUAACUUAAUUAACUUAAUUUUUUAAGAAUAUAAUUUAAAUAAUAUUUAUAUAAUACACAAGUAUACCAUUGUAAUACUUAAUAUUAUAAAGAUUAAUAAUAUCUUUGAUAGUAUUUAAAAAAAAAAAUAAUUAAUGAUAAUGAGUUACUUAGGAUAAUAAAGAUUUAUUGUUAUCACUUAUUUUGAAUGAAAGUGAUCCAAAAGUAAUAUUUCUAUAGUUAGGAAAUUGAACAUGAAUAUUGCAAUCAAUUAUAACUUUAUUUUAAAAAUGUUGAAAUAAAGGUUCUGCAAAUUGUCAAGUGUUCAGUAUUUUAUUUAACAAUAAAAAUUUUAAUUCGUUUUUGAAUAAAAUUAAUAAUCUUAAAGUAUUAAAAUUUUAAUUUAUUAUUUAUUUUUGUAAUUUAUAAUCAUGUAUUUGAAUCUGAAUCAUGAUAUUUAUGGGUCUUAAUAAUAUAAUUUGAUUUAAUGAGGUAUAUUUUUAUAUUUAUUAUUUUAUUCAAUACAUUUUAAAAAUUUUAAAUUUUAUAUUUUUUGCUAACUAGUAUUUUAGUAUAUACUCCUUUAUAGGAAAACUGAGGCCAGUUAAUUUUAUCUCCCCAAAACCUUUAUUCAUCAUAGUAAGUUUGCUUUAACUUUAUAGUACCUAAAGUGGCAAAAAAUCUAAAGAAAACCUCAGUGAACUGAAGUGCAGUGUAUUCAUUUUUAGAUUCUCACCGUAGCGAGAAAUGUAUUGGUUUUCUAUGAUGUGUUUUAUUUUAAAUCAAUAUUUGUUUUGUUUUUCUAUCUGUAAAUCAUUUUUCUACCAGAAAUAUUAUUCUGAUGACCUAACUUUGGGUGUGGUUUAUAGUAGCAAAUUUUGUCUAUUUGGUAUUUUUCAGUUUUAUUUGUUUGAAAGGAUAAUAAAAUAAAUGGAGAAUUUUUGAUUAAAAACAAUAGUACCAUUUGCAGUGGCCUAUUUAGGGAAUGUUAAAUAUAUAUAUAAAGAAAAUUAUAAUAAACUACUCUAAAACUAUUUUUAAACUGUUGAAAAAUUAUUGAUGUUUUUAUAAAAUCAUGUUUGAUUUAUGUUGGUUUUUUAUUUUAAUCUGAAUAAAAGUGUGUCUUAGGUUUUCUUUCACUACUGAUUUGUGUAAAGUGUUUUUAGGGCCCUCUGUAAUAUUUUGCCUAGGUAUGUCUCGCAAUACCUAGUACCAGCACUCGAUAAGGAGAGGAUGGUAAGGAUAAUUUAUUUAAGAAAUAAAAUUAUAAUGUAUUGAGCAAAAUAUAUUGUUAGUGUAGUAUUCCUGUUUUACUUAUUUUUAGGAUGUUGUUAGGAUAAUUUUAAUGGAGUCUUAGUGUUAAUAGAAAAUCCUACAGAAGUUCAAGGGGACUCUUAUUAUAGAAUCUUUUUUAGGGCGCUGGUAGAAUGAUUUCACGAGAGCACGGUGCUAUUAGAAUAAUAUGAAUUGCAAAAAUACUUAGAUAUACCUUUUUGAAUUACUCUUUUCACAUUGUAGGUAUAUCUUACCAAUUUUGUGCAACCUAAGUGAACCUUCCACUUAAGAACAGUGUCCAUAUAAAUUCUUUUAGAAUUUGAAUGCAGCUAAUAUAUUAGUUUUAGAUUCUGAGCAGUGCGAGGAAUGUAUUGGUUUUACAAUGAUGUUUGUUUUAUUUUUUAUUUUUUUCUUCGAUUUUCAAUUAAGCACAUUUUCUAAAAGAAAAUCUGACUGGGGUGGUACUUUAAAUAGAUCAUUUUAUGAUUUUCCUGGGUGGUUUAAUAAUAAAUGGGACAAUGUAUGAAAUGUAUUAUUUUUAAAUCGUAAAUAAUAUGGCCUUUCAAAACAUGUGUAACCGUACUCUGCUCAGAAUCGUUUUUUGUUAGCAAUGAUGAAUCGUUGCAUAUAGAUAUACACAUUUCUUCUCUUAAUUCGCAAUUUCCCACCUACAGUAGUGCAGAGCUUGGCAAAAUCAUGUAGACACUACCCAGUGAUACUCAGAAUAGCUAUUGACUAGUUUAUAGAAGUAUAGACCAGAAUUUAUUUAUAAUAAUUAAAUAAAUAUGUGGUCCUGUAUACAUACAGUGUGUCUCACCAUGUUCGACGUAUUUUUCUUACGCUGUUAAUAUUUUUCGAUCAGUUGUCUUUGAGGGGGACAUUGAUUUGGAGGAAAAUUAAAUUUUUAUUUUCAUCCCCUAAUGACCAAAAAAAUUUUUUUUUUUAUUUCGCAUUAGAAAAUUUUCAAAAUAGCUAUUUUGUAAAAAUUAUUAUUUAAAAAAUUUGAAUAUAUCACUCAUUCAUAACUGAUGAAUAAUUUCUUAGUUAUAGCCGCUUUAAUUGGACACUAAAAAUAUUAAUAUUCAUUAAAAUAACACGUUAUGUGAUAAAGAAUUACAAUCAUCACGGUAAUUCUUUACUUUCUCUACCUAUCAAUUGUUUUUACGUCUAUUUUCUAAAAAUUAAAACAGCUAUACAAUUUUUUUUCUGUCUGUGAACAGCUUUUCUACCAGAAAACUUGCUCUGAAGUAUAGACCAUAGCUUUUAUGAACGGUAAUUUUCUCUAAUUGCAUUGGGGAGGUCAUUUUUUGAUUUUCCAUGAGGUUUUCGAAAUAAUCGGGAAAAACCGAAAGAAAAUUAUACGUAAAACGGACUAUUUAUAGUGCACUACGGUGUUACUGUUUUUGUUGUUUUUAUUAUGUUAACAUGAUAUUUUCUACCAGAAAUAUUGUUCCAACCCUAAAAUAAAAAGAGAUCGAUUUUGUUCCUUAUAAUAUUUUGCCACUGACGGAAUAAGUCAUUUUCGAUAUCUUAAGUAUUUUUCAUAAUCAUUAUGAAAAACCAAAAAAGAAUAACUAUACAAAUUUUCCAAAUUCCGAACAACGAUUUCAUUAUUUUAAAUUGUUACUAUUCAUAUAUUCUACUAUAAAUAUUGCAUUAUUGCAAUAUUGUAGUUUUUUUAAUAACUAAACAAAACCGAAAAAAAAAAUGCAGAAAGUACGGGAAAAUGUACGAAAAUAAUUCUUUUAUUAUUUUCAAUUUUUUUUUCUUUAAUUAAAUUUAGUUUAAUAUAUUCAUGAAGACUUGUAAUUUUGACAGAACACUUAUAUUUGCUCCUCCUAGACUUGAUAAAAUUUUUAUAUUUAAUAAUUUUAAUUUUUAUAUUUAUUUUAUAUUUUAUAUUUGAUCCAUUUGAUCUAUUUUUGAGUUAAUUAGAGAUAUUUUAAAUUUGCGAGUUUUGUAUGCAAUUUUUAUUCGAUAGGUACUCUGUGGAUAAUAUUUUUACGACUAAACAGAAAUGCUUGCAAAUUUAACAGAAGGUUUCUUAAAUAUCAUACUUUGUGGUCAAUGAAAAAAAAUUGAGCUAUAUGUAGUAUUUUUUUUAUAAAGGAAUUUUAAUAACAAAUUUUGAGGAAAAUCGUUUGAGUAAAAAAUUAUGUGGAACAAAUCUUGCUCCUGGACCAAUCAAAUUUUUUUUUUUUUUAUUAUAUGUAUAUGAGAUACCCAUUGCUGAUUUAAGAACAAUGGUAAGUCAGAACUGAGCGGACUGACUUAGUUUCGAAAUCAUAGCCUUUUGAAGUUCUAAUAUUAUGUGAAUAACUCAAUAUUGUCGAUUUAUAUGUAUGUAUGAAUGAAUGUUGUAGUAACUAAUGUUAUCCUAGGAGUCGUAAUUUAAAACCCAAGUUCCGUAAAAAUGGUUUUGUAAAACCACGGCGGGUAGGUAACAAUGACAAAAUAAAUUAAUUUUGUUUCAAAAAAUAAAAUUGAGGGUAAUGUAGUAUUAUUUUUUUUAUAUAAGCUUUUAAAUCAAAUUUUGACGGAAAUCGUAAAUAUUACAGCUUUUCAAAACAUGUAAAAUCUAACUUCGUUACGAAUCGUUUUUCGUUAUCAAUUAUUUAUUGUUUGUUGCUGAUAUAAAUUAAAUAACUUUAUGUGUCCCACUUUCCCUACUACCCAUCUAAAAUAGUGAUCACUCCAAUGUAAUUUUUUAUCAGAAAUCUUAUUCCAAUCAAGUAGAAACUUUUUUCUGAAGUCAAAUUUUGUAGUUUUCUGUUAUUUUCAAUUUAGUUUUUUUGUUGUAGUUCGGUUAAAAAUAAUUGUAAAAACCGGAAAAUUUCACAAAAUCUUUAUUUAUACUAACUUUUUCUACAUGUGGCAAAAUUGAGCUAUUAAUAAUAGUCAUUCAAAAUUUUGAAUUUUUACUUUUUUUAUAAAUACCAAUGUUUUCACCAGCUUUUUUUUUAACAACGGGGUAAAAAUGUUGAAACUAAUGUAGUUGUUUUUGUAAAAAUCACGAGAUUUCAUGUUUAACCGAAAAUAUAAAAUACAUAUAAAAUGUAUGUUAGGCGAUGUACAAAAUAUCCGUAAUGUACUGUCUUUGUUAUGCUUAUAUGUUUCUGGAUGAGUAUUAAAAUUUAGUAAACACGUUUGUUAAUUUUUUUAUUUCUAGAAAAUAUUUUUAAUAUUAUUUGGUAUAAAACGAAUAAUAUUUUUACAUUUAAUUAGGGGUGAUAAAAACAAAACCUUUGAAAAAGUGUUUUCGUCUACUCGUAUUGUAGCCGAUUUGUAUUUUAACUAAGUCGCAUUAAACAGAAUACGUUUUGACUGAAAUACAAUUCGGUUAAAAUAUUUAGUUAUAAUCACGGUUAUAUCUGCUAGAUAACCGUGGUUAUAAUAAAGUAUGCUCUACUAAAUUGUGAAAAAAAAUAUCCAUAUAUUAAAAUUAAUACUUCGUUUCAUAAAUUUCUUUUUAUUUUAUAAUUCAUUUUAAAGUUGAAUAUUUCUAAAAUAAUAAUACUACAAUAAUUUAAAUAGAAAAUUUUUGCGACAUUAUAAAGACAGACGUAUAUUAUACAGGCUAAUUUCCUCAACCUAAAACACUCAUUGUCACGGAAAGUAACUUUUUUCUGAAUUUGUUUUAUAGUACAUUUAAGAAAUGAGCAGCUCUACAAUUUUAAAUUUGUAUUAUUUUUCGGAAACCCAUAUUAAAAAUUCCGUAAAUAUAUGGAGUGUUAGUUAAAAUAAAUUUUGAUGUUAAAAUGUUUGAUUUCUGUUAAAUCGUUGACGAGAUUUUUACUGGUUUUCACUCUUAAAAAAAGGGUAACAAAAAAAAUGUUGUCGUCAAAGCUGGACACUACGGAUAUUUUAAUUAAAAUUGUAUAGUUAAUAAUAACACAAUAUUAUUUUAAAUGUACAUUAUCACCUUCAAAGUAAUCUCUCUCAGAAGCAAUACAUCGCUUUUAUUUUUUUUCUAUUCCACUUUUGAAAACACUUUUGGAACUUAAAGGAAUGUCUUUUUAAGAUCCUUUCCGUAUUUUGUUUAAUGUUAUUAAUUAUUUGAAAACAACAUCUUUUAAAUGUUGACUUCAACUUAGGAAACAAAAAAAAAUCACAUUGAGCUAGGUCAGGUGAGUAAGGUAGGAUUGUAGAACGACUAAAAUUUGAAUUUUAGCUGAUAACUGACCAAUGAGUUGUGGGUCGAGACAUUAUUGUCGUGAUGCAGUAUCCAAAAACCACUUUUCCAAAUGUCUGCAAUUUUUUUUCAACUUGUUCAUGGAAUCUUUUUAUGGUUUCCAAAUAUAAAACUGGUUCACUAUUUGACCUUGAGGUACCCAUUUAUGAUGAACUACCCCACGAAAAUUGAAAAAUUUGAUUAAAAUUGCUUUCACAUUUGAUCUCAUCUUGCUUGUUUUGGUUUGUUGACUUUCAUUGUAAUGAUGCUCGUUUUGUUUGAACAUCAUAUCCAUAAAUUAAAAUUUCAUCGCCUGUAUCAUUUUUUUUUUAAAGUCUGGUUCAGUUUCUGUCUUUUCAAACAAUUUUUUCUAGAUUGUUUUGUUUUUGUUUAUUUAUUAAGGGACUAGGGACAAAUUUUGUUGCUUUUCGGCUCAUACUUAAAUCUUUGACUAAUAUUUCUUGACAAAAACCCUAAGGUAUUUCUACGUCUUCUGCAACUUAUUGAAUAGUUAAUUUGAAUAAUUUCACGAACACGAGCUACAGUUUCAAUAGUUUUUGUGGUCGUGAGUCUACCAGGUCGUUUAUUUCUUUAAUAAAUAUUCUACCUUCCUUAAAUCUUUUAAAUCUCUCAAAACACGUUGAUCAGGAUAAACGUCAUCUCCAAAAGCUUGCUGCAAAAGUCGAAAAAUUCCACUGAAAUUUUUUCCUAUUUUAAAACAAAAUUUCACGCAGACAUACUGCUUCCAUAAUGCAAUUUACCACACUUCUAAAACGUAUUUACGUAAACAGACCAAGAAAUAAAAUUAAAUAUUGUUAUCAAUUUCAAACCAAUGUUCUUAGACUCGAUAAAAAUUACUUUAUCGAAUAAAAUUAUAUAAAUACAAAUUUCAAUUAUUAUUCCAUUGUAUUCUAAUUUAAAAUAUAUUUAAUUAUUUUAUUAGAUACAUUUCGAAAAUCUUUAAUUAAUUUAAUUAUAUUUUAAAUGGAAAUCAUUUUAUGAAUAAUAUUUGCCAAACCAAUUAGUUUGUUGCAUACUAUGUAAUAUACACAGUUUAAGACUAUGUAUGAAAUAUUUAGUGAUAAAUUAUUAAUGAGGCAAACUUACUAUUAGGUACUUAUAUGGGAUUUUCUCGCUUAUAAUAACUGCAUAGUACACCUUAUUAUGUUGGCCACCCUGAUUGGAUUUUAGGUAAGGCGGAAAUGAAUUAUUACGCACAGGAAAAAGUAAUGUUAUGGCGUGCAUUCUCAACUGUGCCAUGGGGGCCCCUCAAAUCGUAUAUCCACGGCAACGGUAGUUAGGUUUUUAAACUUCACAUGACGUGACCCGCUUGCAGCCCGUUGCUGUCCCGUCGUGAGUUAAUUUGUUUUUUUUUUAUGAGCUAUUGACAGUAUUCCACUAGACGAUAUUCAAAGGUCAACUUUUAAAAAUACCACCAACUACUUAGUCCAUUUUUUUAUGGAAUAUCAUCAUGCUGCUAUAGACCGUGUCAGAGGGAAAUUAUCUAUGUUAUCUAACCACACUACCCCCAAAACGACCAAUGAUGGGAUAUAUAAUGAAAUGUUCUUGUUUUCACAGAGGUAUGUUACAUAAUCGAAAACGCUGGCCAAAUAUUUUUAUUUUAUAAUGAAAACAAUUUAAAAAAUUACUUUUUAAGAUUUAAAGUAUUUAUUUUUAUUCUAAACUCCUGUUCCAAAAUAUAUUAAAUCUAUUAAAUGUGUUUUUAAGUAAAAACAAUUUAAUAAUACAAAUUGUUAAGUAAUUUUUAAUCUAUAUGACGUAUAAUGUGGUUUAUUUCGUCGUGGUUAUACAUUUUUCAUUAUAAGUAUAUAAUUGUAGAGAAAUAAUGUAUCUACAUUCUGUAUUAUUAAAGUUGCACAUUUUCUUCUCCUUUACCUUCAUCCUACUAUUUGGUCUCGACCAGAAAGUUGCAAAUUCUAAUUUAAUAUUAAAAAUUAGAUCAUUGUUAUUAAAAUAGUUAUUUUAUGUUAUAUACGACAAAGACAAAACGUUUUAACUUUACUAAAAGUAAGUUUUGAUGGUUUAUAAUAAUAAAAUUAUAUUAAUAUUUGUUUUACCUUAUCUUAGUAAACUAUAUUCCUAUUUUGUAUAUUUGAAAUACAAAUUAUAAUUUAAUUUUAGAUUGAAACUACACAAUUAUUUUAUGAAAAUGUAUUUUAAAGAAUACUAUAUUGCUUAUGAUUAGAUAGAAACCAUGUUUUAAAAUCGAAUUUUAUUGAACCUUUUUACUUCGUUGCGUGACACUUAAAAAUCUAUUAGGUAUAGGUGAGUGUCUAAUGGUGGUUUUUUUUUUAUAAGACAAUAAUAGUAAUUUAAACAGGAGUUCACUAAUAACAAUGUUAUUGUCGGUUUAUUGUGAAUUUUAUGUAAAUCAAAAGGAAGGAGUUUGUUUAUUUUAAUAAAAAAAAUCUUUGGUCACGGUUGGUAACAACUAAGAAAGGAACGUAGACUAAUAAUAAUUCUGUAAAGUGUUCAUCUAAAUGAUAUGACCGUUUAUGUAUGUGAAACAUACAAAUAUGAACAAUCAACUAACUGCACACUUUUAAUUUUAGUUAGGUUAUUUUAAAGUUGUAUAUUGUUUCAAUUACCUUUAAAAAUUUAACCUGCUCAAUAAAGUGCCAUAAUUAUUUAAAUAGUGUUCACUGUCGAUUUCAUUCAUGCGUUAGGUGCCAAACCAGUAAGUGACCUUGGUCAAGACCUAGUCUUUAUAUUGUGUUACGCAUUAUCGAAAUCAUUUGAUUUUUACUUUUCAGUUAUUAUUUUUAAACCUAUUUAAAAAAUUACUGAUACGUAGUAUAUUGUAUUUAUUAAUAGGUAAACAUAUUUUAUCUUAAUCUAUAUUUUUAAUUAUUGUAUCGUCUACGUUUACUGGAAGAGGUUUAUUUUAUAUAAUUUUAUUAUUAUCUAUUUUUUUUUCAUGAUUUGAAAUACCGUGUUUUUAUUUCAAUAUAUUUCAAUAUCUAUAUAGUGCAUAUCAUAUUAUACAAGUUCCUAUAAUAGCUACUGCUGGACGCAUUUAGGAUUUUUUGAAAGAGGUGUUCGCGUAGAUAACAUGAAUAGGGCAUCCCUAUACUUAAUAAAAAACGCUAUAAUGUGACAGAAGUGUUACCAAACUGCUGUAGGUUGUAAUUUAUGAUAAAAAAUACAUUUUAUCAAUUCAUUAUCUUUAAUAUCUUCUAUACUAUAAGAAUCUUGUUGAGCUUGGUAGGCUCAAGGACCUCUCUUUUCCCUUGCAAAAAUGUUGUUUAUUUUAACAAAAAAUGCAUGUGCAAUCGCACAUGGUGUUAACAAUUUAAAAAUGAGUUUGUUAUCGUGGUUUUUAUUAUUUUCUUGAUAUUUUAAAAAUAUAUUACCUUUGCGGUUAUUUUAUCACUAUCACUUUCGGUUAUUAUAAUUACGACCGUAUAGCUAUGCUCUACGUGUACGCUGUAGACCUAUGGUGUUAUCUAUGUGAAUAAAUUUAUAAAUAAACAGAAAUAAUAUUCAAUAAAAACAUUACAAUGUUACAUUCGAACUUAAAAAGUAUAGACAUACUUCGCAUGUGGGUGCAGCCACUGUUGUAAGUGGAAAGUUGGGAAGGUAGGCUACAGAAGAAAAUUUAAUUUAUAUCUGUGAGCAACGACAAACUAUUGCUAACGAAAAAACGAUUCUGAUCCGAGUUCAGUUGAUAAUGUUGCUUUGUCAACAAUAUAAUAUAUGGUAUUAUGUCAUAUUAUGGUAAAAUGAUUAAAACAAUGUGCAUUUCCAUGAUUGUUUAAAAAAGUUUAAAAUAAAAAAAAAAAUAAACAAAAACGGUUGCCAAUGACAAUCUUAUUUUUAAUAUUUCUAUUUUUUUUAACCUAAAGAUCGAGGUUUUCUUCAUUAUAUCGAAUAUUAAUGCGAAUUUCAAAAAAUGACUUCUCAAAAGUACCACCAAGAGAAAAUUUCUAUUCAGAAAAGGUGCUAUACUUAAUAAUCAGAAUAUAGUUUCUGGUAGACCACUAGUAUACUGUUACAUUUAGAAGUCAUUCAGUGAUUAUAAAAAAAACAUUCAUUAUUUUCUUUAGUUUUAAAUACUCAUAUUGAGUAUUUGUCAUAGACCAUUAAAGGUAAAAAGUUAAUGGUAUUUGUGUUAUCUCUUACCAAUACGUUACGGGCGUUACGGCUACUACAUGCGUAUAACCAUUUUGGUAAUAUAAUUAGCGAAGUAUAUCAAACGAAUACUCUUCGAUUACACUCAAAACACGCUCAUGUUUUAUCUAUGUAUAUUUACUUUACGGGUGUUCGCCAUUUUAUCUAAUGAAAAACGCUCAUCAUAAAUGAAAAUCUCAUAAUAUAAUUUUUGUAAUUGUCAAAUAUUAAUAGGUACAUGCAUAAUUAGUUUCGUAUUUCUUGUCUAUCAUCUAAAAUGGUUUUUUAAUUCAAUUGCUGGUAAUUACAAAUAAAACUUCUUGAAUAAAAAAUUACAAUACAAAUUAAUAAACUACACAUAUCUUUUAUUGGUCAUUGAAUAAAAUUUCCAUAAAUCCUGUUGAAGGGAGAUUUCCAGACAACCAAAACACCACCUUUGGUUGCGCCUUUGUUAUAAUAAUUUGCAUCUCUCAUAUUUUAUAUAUGUCAAUCAAAUUUGCUCGAAAUACAAAUGCUAACGACCGUAGGUAGGAAACAAUUUCGAGAGGUAAUAAUUUGUAUUAUUCCUUAAUUUUUUUUUUUAGACUGGUAAAACAUACCAAAAUAAUCAAUAAAGUGUUUGAUUUCUGAAGGUACACCCCCCUGAUCACGGCACUGAAGUGUUAACUAUCUAUAUAUACAAAUUAAAAAUAGUUUCAUUGUAUUUAAAUCACGAGAAUCUUUGAGAAAGAAAUAAUUAAUUUAAACUUAUUGCAAAAAAAAAAAAAAAAAUACGUUAUUUUACAAUAAUAUAAUUUUCACGUUGUAAUUGUUGGUUUUUUUUUUUUUUAAUUUGACGCCGGUAUCAAUAGUAUUAAUAAUAUAAAAAAAAGGCCUAUAGUAAGUAAAAACAAAACGAGGAUGUGAUACCACCCGUAUUUAAUGGGCUGUGUAAAAGUAUUAUUCAUGAAACUUGAAAAAAUAGAAAUUUAUAUCUACGCACUCAUAAUGUUCAAAUUUACUUUUAAAUAAAUGUAUUAGCAGUCUCGUAGCGUUAUCACAAUUAUUUUCUAUACCAUCAUGAUAUUAACUAAAAUGCCUAUGGAAAACUGUUUCCCGCAGAAAAAUAUUUACCUCUUUCUUUAUUCAUGCCUUGUAGCAUUCACAAAAUAAUAUAGCAUAAAACAUUAAAAAAAAUUUUAUCUUUGUCCUAGCAUUCUUAUUUCUUUAUAUACAAGAAUACAAUUGAAAUUCUGUGUUUGUAAACAUUGUUUAUACUUAUUAAUAAUUAUUGGAUAGUAUAAUUAAAAUAAAAAAGCACACUAUGACAUUAAUAAAGUAUUUCGUGGUAUUUUGGUAACUAUUAUAAAUACUGAAAAUUGACUGCGCAAAGCAGAUUUUCGAAUCGUAGUAUUACUCUUAAUAUGUUAGAUCAAAGGAAUAUUUGCUAUAUAAAAGUGUUUCAUGCAUAAAGAAAAAUGUAUGUAUCUAAUAUUUAUAAACACACUUGUAUUGAAAAAAAAAAUGCGAAUUUGUGUGUAUUCUGUGCAAUGUACAGUAUAAAAUAGUUCAGUUGACGAAAUUGGGAAAUUGGAAUUUACUUUAUAAUUUUGGUUGUAAAUAGGUACCUACUGACACUUUUGCACAUACUAAAACGAUGGCGCGUGCUGAGUCGUUUUUAGAUAAUUACGUUAGAACAGCAGCAACAUGGUGUGACAUGCGAAUUAUAAAUUGGCACUUGUCGUAUUUUUAGAAAUUCCGUCGCUACCACUACCGCGUGCCGUCGAUUAAUCAAUUGUUGAGUCACUCGACCACGGGAUAGGAUAUUAUAAUAUAGUACGUGUGAUCGUGUGUGUGUGUGUGUGUGUGUAUGCACUAUAACACAAUGCGCAGUGGGGCGACCCUUGGGUAGGGGAGUGGAGUUUUAACCCCUCUCGAUAUUAUAGUUUUUUUUUUUUUUUUAUACGAAUUAUAAUUAAUAAUUUGUUUACAAUUACAGACAUUUUCUUGUAAUUUUAAAUACGUAUACGUGUAAUAGGCUUAUUCAGUAAUUUAUUAUCCCCAAAAUAUUUCCAGGAAUUUGUUUAAAAAUCAUAUUUUAAAUUAAUAAUGAUUGCACUACUAAUAACGUGGUAUAGCAACGGCGCGAAAUCGGCAUAAUAGUGAAAAUAAUUAUCGUCGUAUUUUCGUAAAAAAUUCGGCACGAACGUGCGCUCUUGGCAGUGUAGUACUGUAAUUAAUUAUAAGUAUUAAAAUAGUGGCCCGGCGUUAGUAGGAAGAAACAGUGGCAGAGGUACGAAUUCCUCCGCUGCGGCGCCUUCGCCGCCGGAAAAGUUUUUAACGGGUGGGCGAUUUGCGGCGCUAAAUUUCCCUGUAAACAACUACACGCGAACGAAGAAGCGUGCUAGAGAAUUUCAGCUUAGUCGUUGACGUCGUGUAACGAACCAGUAAUAUUUGAUCGCCGCUUCUCGUCUAUUAUAAUAAUAUUUACGCAAUAUAGGUACUUAAUUAUAAUCGUGACAAAUAUUACUUAUAUUGUCCGUUGUCGUUUGACUCUCUCAAACUCGUUUAUAUCUAUACACGAUACACACCUUGCCCUGAUUAUAGAAUAUAUGUAUUCUAUUAAUACAAAGUAAUUACUUCGAUGAUAUUAUGGUUAACGAAAAUGUGGUGUUAAGACCUCGGACUCGCUCCGGUUUUCCGAUUGACAGAUACGGUCCCGUCGCAAUGAAAAAGAAAAGAUUGCCACCGAUUCACACGAUCGUCGCACGAUCGACAGCACUCGUCCGGAGGAUAGCAGGUAAAAUCUUAUUGCUGACAAGAAUAGACAAAAGAAGCACUUCAGUUAUGUUUAUAAAGACAAUUGUUAUAUUGUUGUCAUCACGUGCGUUAUGUUUAAGGAACUGCUAUAAGCAUCUACAGUCCUGUCGUGUACAGUGGCGUAGCCAGGGGUAGGUUUUGGGGUUGUGUUUUUUGCAUAAUCCAUUGCUUUUUUUUUAACUUUCCUACCCCUCCGUUGAUAAAUUCUGGUUAUGCUACUGUUUGUGUAAUCUUUGCACGCCUCGGAGUUGUGAAAAUAAUCCUUAUUUUUUCGGUAUUUAAUAAGUUGCUACUAUUUUUAUAUGCCUUACAUUUGCAUUUGUAUAUUAUAUAAAAUAAUAUAAUAUGUAUAAGUAUUAUAAUUUUCACAUACCUAUAUUUAUAAUAGUUAUAUAUAAACAGUGCGUAUCAAUAAUUAUUGUCAAUUUAUAUCAAACUAAUUUAGUUAAACAUUCAAUUAAAAGUUGUAUUCAUUUUGAUUAGCUUUUUAAAAACUACUUUGAAAUUCUAUAAAUAACUUAUUAAGUACCUCUCAAAUGUCUUAUCUAUGGAGGAAUCAUGCAAUUCCAAGGAAGAAAGAUAUCCACGAACAAGAUAAUAAAAAAAAAACAUUUAACCCAAAUAUUAGCUUCUUAGUUGCUUUUAGAAUUUAAAAUUGAAUUGAUGUUUUUGUGCAGAAAUGUAUACAAGCCAUACAAAAUAAAUUGAACAUUUUUGAAAUUGUUGGUUAUACAUUUCUAUUACCUUAAAUAUUUAUGUGUUAGUUAUUAGGUACAUUUUUUAUUUAAAUUAAUAAACCCUACAUUUUCAAUUUGGUUAAGAUAUUUGUACUUAAAUAUGUUUUAACAUAUUAUUAAUACUAUUUCUAAAUUGCAGAAUAAAAAAACACUUUUUUUUAAUCUUUAAAUAAUAAUGUUAUUUAACAGCAGUUGAUAUGUAUAGAUAUUUUGCAAAAGAAUAAUAUAUAAUUGGCAACUCAUGCAACCAUAGUUUUAACUAUUUCUAGAUCAUUUAUAAGUUAUGUGACGUGAAGUAGAAUGUGUAUAUCUAAUUUUAGAAUGUAUAGGCCUUGUGCAUUAGGGUUUAAGACUGAUAAUUUACACCAAGUUAUUAUUUUUGUUUUUUAACAUCCAUACAACCUACAUUUUAUAACUUUUUGAAAUCUAGACUAUAAUAUUGUCUUGUUUUAUGUAUGUUUUUUUUUUUAAAUAUUGAAAAAAAAAAAUUAAAAAAAUGUUACAAUAUUUAUUUAGACACAUAGUUAAUAACAUGUUCAAUGGAUUCUUUUAAUGUUAAAUGAUCGUUAGUUAUUAAUUUAUUAUAAAAUAUAUUAAUUAAUUGUUUUUGUUUAAUAUGGAAUACAAUUAUAUUUUUCAGUAUUUUAAAAUUUCCAAUAUAAUAAUAUAGAAUGGAAAAUUAUAAAGUACUAUAAAUCAUAUAUCUGGAAUUCUUUUAGACUUGAACAAAGAUAACAAGACUGAAACGGUGCAAGGCCAUAAUGAGCCAAUAGAAUUAAGUUUUGAGCAGCAACAGCAUGAACAGCCUAGUAGCUCAAAACCUGAGCGACCUAAUUCACUCACUGGUCCUGGUGGCACGCUCACUAGACGUUUAUUCUGUUACCAUGCGCCUAAUCAGUCGUUAUUAGCAGGAUCAGGUCAAUCACCCACUAGACCUACCAAUUCACUAUUGCCAUCAGGUAUGAUUAAUGCAAAAUAGUAUAAAUAAUUAUUUAAAUUUAUUUUCCCUGUUUGCAGGUUGUGAGUCACCCAAAUUAAAUUGUGAUAGAACGUCUCCCAUGAUUAUUUCUGGACAGAACAUGUCUCAGAUGGCCAGUGGUGUUAGGACAGGUUAUUAUCAUUCCAGCCCAAGGAUGAUGUAUAAUCACCCUGGGCAUUCAUCGUUAAUGCUUUCUGAACUACCCGAACCCCCUAUACCGGUGUCUGAAGUCGGCCCUAUACCUCCACCGCCAAUGUUCAGUUCACCAGCUCAACAAUCAUACUUAUAUCAACGUAAUAAAUUUAUAAGCAAUAUAAAAUAUAUAUGGUCUUAAAUAUUUUGUCUAAACAGAUAAUGAUCGUCAAAAUAAUCGUUCCAAUGACAACAAUGUUGAAGACAUGGAUAUGGGGACAAAUGAAGACGAGUAUGAUGAUGAAGAUUAUGAUGAAGAAGAAGAAGAUGAUGAUGAUGAUGAUGAUGAAGUAGAUGAUGAUGAUGAUGAUUCCAAUGGAUUUAGAAUUAGAAGUCGUCACAAUUUCCCUAGUCAUAUAGAACAGAUUCCUGCUAAAGAACCUGUUUUUAAUGCACAACCUCUUAAAUCAGCUCUAAAAAAACCUUCUACACCUAAUCAGAGUCAUCAGGAAUCAUCACAAUUGCUCAAGUAGGUUGUUGAAUAAUAAAUACAAAUAAAAAUUGAGUUAAAGAAUUAAAUAAAAACAAUUUGCAAUAGUCGAGGUUAAAAGAAAGAAAAGUGAAUAGUUUGCCUUUUUGCCAAUUAUUUGGCAAUCAUUGGCUCUUCAUUUCACUAUUUGUUUGUGUUUUUUUUUUUUAAUUUGUUUAUUGCUGCUUAGCAGAAGGGCUCCACUUAAGCCCAGGAUACGUUUUUGGUAAAUUGAGUUCAAUUUUUUUAUAUUUCUAUAAUUCAAAUUGGUUUUUACUAUUCAAUUAUAGUGGUGCUAAUCGUCCAGUAGUAUUUGGAAUUUCACUUCCUUGUUCAUUGCAAGAUAAUAAAGAAAAUGCUAGACCUAAUGAGUCUAGUGAUGAUGACAGUUCAGGUGAUGGACCAAUAUUAUAUAGAGACGACAAUUUAGACAGUAAGUUUAUUUAACUAGGUAUCAAUAUAGCACUAUUAUAAAACUUAUUAUUUAUGUUUUUAAUUUUUGUAAUAACUAAUAAUUAUAAUAUUUAGAUCGAUUAGCUGAGAAAAUUGCAAGAAAAGACAGUCUUGCUAUUAAAUUGGCACUACGUCCUGAUCGACAGGAGCUUAUUAAUCGUAAUAUUCUUCAAGUCCAGAGUGAAAAAGAGCGUCAAGAAACAAAAGAAGUUAUUGGUGCCCGUCUUAUUAGGUAUGUAUUUUAAAUGGAUUUUAUAUAAUUUUAUUUAAAUGGAAAAGCAAUAGUUUUGAACAUAAUAUUUAAUACAUUCUUAUAAUAAUAUAAAUCUUAAUUAAUAUAAUUUAUAUAAUAUGUCAAUUAAAAUGAUUUUGUAGACGUUUGAGUAUGAGACCAACUCAGGAAGAACUUGAAGAAAGAAACAUCUUAAAAAGUAAAAGAUUAUAUUUAUAAGUUGUUAUUGAAUAUAAUUUUUACAUAGUGAUUGAAUUCAAUUUUAGAACAAACAGCUGCAGAAGAAAAAAAAUUAAAAGAAGAAAAAAAACGUAUGUUGUUAAGAAAGCUAAGUUUUAGGCCAACCGUUGACGAAUUAAAGGAAAAAAAAGUAUAUUCAUUUAAUUUAAUUAAUUUAAAACAUUUAACUUACACUCAUAUAGGGAUUUAAAAAAAUUAUAUUUAUUAAAAUUUGUAGAUUAUUCGAUUCAAUGAUUAUAUAGAAGUUACUCAAGCACAUGACUAUGAUCGGCGAGCUGAUAAACCAUGGACUCGGUUAACUACCAAAGACAAAGCAGCUAUACGAAAAGAACUUAAUGAAUUUAAAAGUUCAGAAAUGGAAGUGCAUCAAGAAAGUAAACAUCUCACCAGGUAAAUAAAUAGUACUGACAUAAACUUAAUAACAGGUCUAGAUGUAAAGGAAAUGUAGAACUUAAUAGUUUUAAAAUACAAUUUAAAAAAUUGGUUGUAUUUUGUUUAAAAAAACUUAAACCUUAACUAUUUGAUUUUUUUUUUUCUUUAAAUAGUUUAAACUGUAAUGAUAAUAACAAAUGUGACUUCUAUAAGAGAUAAAUAUAUGUAAUAAAUACAUUUUAAAUUUAAGCCAAAUCAAAUUUUCAAUUUGUUAUCUAUAAAAUAUAAAUUGAUUAAUUUUAUGCUUACAGAUUUCAUCGACCAUAGACAUAAUACCUACAUCAUAAAUCUAAUUUUCAUAGUGUCUAAUAAGGAGAUAAUGGCAAGAAGAAGAAUAACAUAAAGAAUUGGCUGUUAAUUAAUCUUGUUUAGAUAAAAAUUAAGUUUUAAAAACACAUAAUAGUAAAUUGAAUAUUUAAGAUCAACAAAAAUAUUUAAAAACAAUAAUGUAUUGAACAAGUUUUUAUCGGAUGAGACUUAGAACCAAUAUAUUAAUUAUGAUAAAUAUUAGACUAUCCUUAUAUUGACGAAUGCUUUUGUCCGUCCACAUAGUGAUUGUGUGCAAUAUUUAUAUUUAUUAUGCAAUAAAUUUUAUAUUAUAUAAAUAUACUUAAAGUACUAUUACUGCUUCUUUUACAUUCCUCAAAGUGCUCCCUUAUGUUAAAUAAUUAUUUGCCCCUCCUUUUUUUGUUAUUGUUCGAAAGUUCAAUAUAAAAAUAAUUUAUUGUACAAUUACCAUGUUGAAAAUAAGCUCAUUGUUUUGUUUGUUUUUUUGUAAUUGUAACUGAAAAGAUAUUUAAUUUUAUUUAAUUAAUUGUAUUUAUGAAAUAUUUUAUUUAUUUCCUAAAUUAGAAUUACUUAUUAUUAUAAUUUGUAUUAUCAUCAUCAUUAUUAUUAUAACAUGUAAAUAAUUGUAGAUGUUUCUACACAAUAAUGACAAAAUUCUCUUCCUAUACCAAUUAUUUUUUGUAGUAUAAAAUUAUACUUGAAAUACAUGUUUUUUUUAACAACAAAUUGAAAACAGGUUUUAAACUUUGAUUGAUAUAUUUUAAAAAACAUAUUCUACUAGUGAUUUUAAUUUUGAAGUAUAAUUAAAAUCUUUUAAUUUUACUUUUAAAUAUAUAUGGCUAAGCGUACUCAAACCAUUUUCUUGGUUAAAUUUUGCAUGUAUUCAAAUUUUUGAAAUUUUUUAGA